AUUAUUACCAGAAAAGGAAUAUAUGACGGAGAACUCCCCCCCCCCCCACCCCAAGAGCAAAGAAAUGAGUUUGCAACACUUUGUUGACCUUCAGAAGCAUAUGGCUGACCUUCAUUUUUUUUUUUCCCGUUUCCAGGAACUUUCCAAAUAUAGAAACGCUCCACUCAGACAAAUACGCUUCCGGCUAAUUACCUGCAGGAGUAGUUGAGGUUACGUCGGAUGCUCCUUUUGAAGAAGCUCUUGCAGCCCUCGCACGUGAACACGCCGUAGUGUUUCCCGCUGGACUUGUCGCCGCACACCACGCAGUCCAGCACGCAGGCCUUGUCCUCAUCGGCGACGUCCACAUCGCUGCUUCCGGCGUGGGGCGAAGCCUCCUCCUCCUCCCGCCGCAGGAAUGUCACCGGAACGGAGAAAAGGUUUUCCCUUCCUCGCCAUCGUCUUUGCCUAAGAGGAGCAACUCCCAUCAAAAGUAAAGCUGUCACAACACGGUGCACUUGGACAGAGAACAUAAGGUAUCAGCUCAGUGGAGAUCAGUGGAGAGAGAAGAAGUGACUACGGAGCUGUGACAGCCGGUGUAUCCAUGGAGACGCCCGAGCCUGGCCCUGCGGAUGGUGAGCAGCGUCUGGUGGAGCUGAGACCACGAACCCGCUCCAACCCCGAAGGUGCGGAAGACCGUCGGAGCAGCACAGGUAGCCUCGGAGGCGGAGGGAAUCCCACUUUAUCGCAACCUGCCGUGGGGAGUCGUGUCGAAGGGGAGGGCGAGGCCUCGACCAGCGACAGUCCUCCGACUUCCACCACUACGAUCAUCUCCACGGCUGUGGCUCAGACCGUCACCCCUGUUGCCGCCGCGACGACCGCCGUCCAACAUGCUUUGGGAGCUGCAUGCAAGGAUCGGCCCAAGGCCACGCCACAACAGCCCACAAUGACAACCGCUGUCCUCCCACCAGCAGAAUACCAAAUCCGAGUUCCUCGUGUCAACUGUCCAGAGAAAGUGAUCAUCUGCCUGGACCUCUCUGAAGAGAUGUGUUUACCCAAGCUGGAGUCUUUUAAUGGCUCUAAAACAAACGCCCUGAACAUCUCCCAGAAGAUGAUCGAGAUGUUUGUCAGAACGAAGCACAAGAUUGACAAGCGGCACGAGUUUGCUCUGGUGGUGGUUAAUGAUGAUGCUCUCUGGCUCUCAGGCUUCACUUCAGACCCUCGAGAACUAUGCAGCUGUCUGUAUGACCUGGACACCAACGUGUGCGAGCCUUUCAACCUGGAAGAUCUUCUCAGUGUCAUUCGUCAGAAGAUCGAGCUGCCGUCAAUGGAGAAUGUUCAGACCGUGCCGCCUCCGUACGUGGUGCGGACCGUACUUAUUUACAGCCGCCAUGCCGGACAGCUUCAGCUCAACCCCUCCGAGGCGGUCAGUAAAAUGCUACAAUCUCCCUAUUUUUUCUUUGACGUGGUCUACCUCCACAAUGGUGCCGAAGAGCACGGCGAGGAUACAAGCUGGCGGGACAACUAUGCAUCUUUCUGCAACCUGGACUCAAAGGACAUGUGCUAUCGCUUCGAGGUUCCCUUGAGCGGCCCUGCCAUCGAGCUGCACAAUUGCAUGGCCAAACUUCUCGCUCACCCUUUGCAGAGGCCUUUCCAGAGCCACGCGUCCUACAGCCUCCUGGAGGGAGAUGAAGCGCAGGAUAUUGAGGCCACCGUCUAGAAGAAAUCAAAUACAGUAUACUCUGCUCUGCUCUUGAAUUAAAUUCUUGCCCUGUAUCUAGUUGUCAAGUCGUCAGAAGGUGGCAGCGUUUCUCCUGGAAAGUCGAGUAGAAACGCCCGACUCCAGUCCGGAGGGCCGCAAUAUCCACAUUUGUCUUGCUUUUCUGCCUCAUGCUGGCUGGUAGAACAAUGGACUGAAUAAUUAUCUUCAUGAAUGAUAUCGCUUAUCCACUUCUGGCGUGAAUAUGACUUAGGUUCUAAAGACGUCUCCUGUUACUUAUCUAAAGCAGUUGUUUCUUUCUUAUCCCUCCAGCACAAAGUUUCCUGUUUUUAAUCCGGCAUCAGUCUCCACUUGUGAUAGUUCUUCACUUUCUGUCACUCAAGCCUUCAUAAUUGAGGUUUUCCCCGUUGACGGCAUGUUGUUAGCGAGACAAUGGGGAGCAGGAAAGCUCGGGGCCCAGAAAGACCUUUCCCCUUUUUCCAGUGUCGGCGGGUCCUCACGUCACGGCUGCAGAUAAGAGCGUGUGUGUGGUGCGGGAGGGCCCAGCGACUACUGCUGGGAGAAUUGGUUAUCCGCUCAUCCCUGAAGAAUGACAGCUCCCCAUUGUUUUCAUUCCUUUACUCCUCCGCUGCCACGACUCCUUUCCGUACUUGCUUAGGACAGGAUAUGCUGUUUUCUUAUUUUGUUUGUCUGGGGAAUUUGGGGAGGAGCAAAGCAAUGCAACAUCAUUAACAGAAAUUCAAUUACAUCA